AUGGCGCUGAUCACAAGUGUGCUGCCACGCCCCGACAGACCACCCGUCAUUCCUCCGUCGCUCUUCAAAGGUGAAGCAGCGGCAGCGGCCGAAGGCACCGAAGGCACCGAAGGCCGAGGCAAGCGAAGGAGGAGUGCGGUGGAGAAACUCUUGGCACGAGCAGAUCAGGUGGCCAAGUCCAGGAGGUCCAGUCCGCUAGCUCCCCCAGAAUGGCCUGAAAAAACAGCGGGCCUCGGGCAGCAGCUCUUUUCCAAGUUUUUGGAGAUGCCCAACAGCAGCAGUGUAUUGCAAGCUGAUGCUGCACGAAGGCUGGCGGCAUACGCGGCUUCCACACUAAGGUUGGCAUGGGCCACAGGCAUUGCCAAGGAAACUGCAUCUGACUGGCAGCGGACUUUGGAGGAGAGCCUGCCAGAAGCUUUGAGUGUUUUGGCACUGGAUUUUGCAGAUCCUGACCUCCAUCGCAGGCCCAAGGCCGCGCUGCGGGGGUUGCUGCAGCACUUGCAGUCGAUGGAUCAGCUCCUUUUGGGGCUUUGGGCGAUGGACCCAGAGCUUCCACAUCCCUGGCAGCUGUCGGAAGCCUCCUGCAGGUGCCACUUGCAGAGGGAUGAUAUUGCUGAUGGAGUUCGGCAGCUCUUGAAACAAAGUGAUUUGACCCGUCGUGUGGCAUCGCGCUGGGGCGUCCGGAAAGCGUGGUUGAAGAGCGGCAAAGGUUCGCCCUGGUCCAAAGUGGCUGGUGAUUCGCCAUGCGAUGCCUUGCGCAUGCUACGGGCGAGAUGGUUGGAAGCGAUAUGCUUGGCACGGUCCGCCCCAUCGUCUCCCCAGACUCUCAAAGCAAUUUCCACCUGGCUGUUGGUUGGACGUGACAUCACUGCGCGCUGGCACGCCUUUGCAAUCCCCAGCAGCAAGAUCUUGCGCGAGAUCAAGAAGCGGUCUGGAGGUGGAGCUAUUGAUUUGGGAGCUGGUGUCGGCUACUGGUCGCAGCUUUUGCAUCAAAGCGGUGUGGAUGUGUUGGCGUUGGAUCUAGAUCCCCCCCGCGAUCAAAGCAAGGCCGUGAAGGUGGAGUUUGGCGAUGAUCCUUGCAGUCAAUUUAAGGCCACCUCCCUACAUGGCCUUCCCUGUGCGGGACGUGAGAUGCUGCUGCUGUGCAUGCCGCCCCCGGGCGAAGCCGCCUGCGCCGAGGAAGCCUUGAACAACUUCCGCGGAAGAUAUGUGGCCUAUGUGGGCGAGUGGGGCAGUGGCAUGACCGCCACGUCAGCCUUCCAUGAGUCCCUGCUGUCAAAGUUUGAGCUUGAGGCGCGCUUGCCGCUACCUUGCUUCCCCCUAAUGCGCCUGGAGUGCUUCAUUUUCCAGCGAAAGAAGCGGAAAAGCGCUGCUGAGGUGAUCGGAUCUGAUGGUCUACGCAGCUGCGAUGCGUGUGGUGCUGUCGCAAGUGAAGAAGUGAACCUGUACCUUUGUCCUGUGACUCGCUGGUGGCGCUUUUGUUCAGAGGCCUGCUAUGACAAAUCGCUUCCACAGCAGCGCGCGCUGAUGGAUAUACAGAGCUGUGGCAUCAGGCAGGAACUCCCAGAAUGGGCCACUUGGGAAGCAGACGAAUGGGUCGAGUAUGGCUCCAGCAGCAAGCAAUGUGCUGCACUGAAACGCGCAACGCCGCAGCCCGAGUUGCAGUCAUGGCGGCGACCAAAAGCAUCGAUCCGAAUGGCAGGGCAACUGGGGAGUAGAGCCGUAAGACAGUCGUCGAUGCCGGCCAUGCGCCCCAAGAAGCAGCUAGAUGUGCACAUCACGGAACCAUAUGCCCUUAUUUAUGACGACAACUACAGACAGCUUUGCCGAAUUUGCUCGUGAGUUACUGUACAAUGGGUUGUUGUUGCGACCCCCUUACACGCUAAUGAGCCGCUGAUGUUCAACCUGGUUAUGGAGGGUCCUGCCACCGGAUCCCGGUCCCAAUGUUUUGCAUCAAGUCUGUAGGGGGCAAUCACCCUGUGCUUCCAAUCGCAGGAUGGAGAUAGGCUUGCAGACACCCAACAAGUGAUGGGGCUGUGUGAAAUUGAGCAGAGUUUGCACGUUUGAAGUUGCAGGUGUCACCCAUGGGUUUCAGCACAAGUGGGACUGGUACAGGGACAAAA